AUGCGCGGACGCCGGUGGGCGGUGGCGGCGUGUGCGGCGUGGUAUGCGUGGUGCGCGUGCGCGGUGCUCGCGGCGACGAGUGCGGGCCGCGAGCUACGGGUCCUACAAGCGGAUGCGCGCACCGCGUUUUACGUGGGCAUCGCCGCGCCGCCCUCGGCCGCCGACGUCGUACGAGUGUUCAACCGCUCGCUCGCCGACAUCUCUCACACGUACCUGGCCGGCGACAACCCGCUCCAUCUGCGUAACAUCUCGCUGCUGCCGCUGUACAUCGAGCUGCCAGAAGAUGAAAAGUUCGGUGUUCGAGUGCUCGAGCGCACAUGCUCGGCGCUCGACGGGCGGCGCGUGGCGGCUCUGCUUGUAUGCGGCGGCGGCAGCGCGGCCGCGGCGGUGGUGACAGCGGCCGCCCGCGCAGGCGUCCCCGUGCUGCGCGCCUCGCCCUCUCACGUGCACCUCUCUUACACCAUCGCCAACGAAUUGCUUCCACUAGAGAUUCGUCUGGAAAUCACUGCUCGGGAAACUUUACACGCACUCAGAGCUACAUUGCUGCACACUCAUUGGCACUCCUUCACUUUGCUAGCAGAGGAAGAUAUUUACACCACGCUAUCUCUACGGAAAGACUUGUCUUCAAUAGUAACUGCUCCGCCUUUAGAUCCAAAGUGGUUAUCGCUUCCAAAAAAGUUCUCGCGUCAUGUUCUUUUCAGGCGGCUAGCUGAGAUAUCAAGGCUGACCCGAGGCGUCGUUGUCUUGAUAUGUGAUGUCAAUUACGCUAAGCUCGUUAUGGAUGAGGCCAAGCGUCUUAACAUGCUCGAAGGAAACUUUUUCUGGCUUUGGCUAGAUGCUUCAAAAGAUGUUGAUAUCUUUCACAAUAUAAGCAACAGAACCCUUUAUAACGAAGAUAACGAUCAGGAUGUUGAAGGCUUAAGGGAUAAUGAUGAAGCUCUAGUAUACGAACGCUUUGACCGCAGCAAACGAGGCGAUGCUGACAAUAAUACGAUAGAAGAUCAAAAAAGCCCCGACACUUUGAUGGAAACUGAGAAAGUUGUAGAUGAAGAUUUUAUCGAUGAUGAAUUUUAUGUAAAAAAUAGUUCUAUAAAUUCAAAAGUUCGUCGUAAUAUUAAUAUUUCUGAUACACACAGUGUAAACAAGAAAUUAUUAUAUGUAAAUUUUAGUCAAUCGUAUAGUAGUAAUCGCAAUAUUAGUUCGGGAAGUAUGAGAAAUUAUAAUGUAAAUAACAAAGGCGUUGAAACUUCUAAAAUCGAAAACAAUUCAAUUGCGAAGGGAAUGCCCUUUCAUAAUAGAAAUAAUAGUAGACGUAAUAGUUAUAGAGAAAUGAAAAAUGAAUCUUUUAAUAAAUAUGUAAAUAGCAUAGAUGUAGAUGAUGUGAAUGUAGCUAAACAUGUAAUGUUGGGUCAAGAUGAUAGUACUAGCAAUGAUGAUAUUAGAAAAAUAAAUGAUAGAAUAGGUUUAUCAAGUGAUAUUAGAGAUUUCUUAAUGAAUCCCAAGGUGCAUGCGUCUUCUGUGCAUAAUUUUAAAGACAAGAAAACUGAAAAAAGAAGUCACAAACACUUUAAGAACGAGGAAGUAAUGGACAAAGAAAGAGAAAGUAUUAAAGAAAACAUAACUGUGAUCUUCAAAAGCCUUCCUAUCGGACUACUGGCUUUGCAUCCUCAACCAGUGAAAAUAGAUCGGGCGUUCAUACGUGCAGCAGUGCGAAUGACAGUUGGGGCACUGCGGCGUGUGCUCCAUGCUUGUGACGCGUGGUCUGCUCAAGCGCAGUUCUUGAGUGACGCCACAGCGUCCUGCUGGGAGGAACCUAGCGAUGCGGCUGCUGACUUCUCUACUGAAUUUGUGAGAGAGACACGAAUAUCUUCAGCGGCGGCACUUGCUGGGGGCACGGAGCGACCUGAGCGAUCAUUGACAGCUUCAUUUGCUCUUUUGAAUUUAGUGUCAGGCCACGACGGCGAAAAUACGUGGAGACAAGUAGGCCACGUGCUUGGUCGCAGUGUAAGACUCCACACCAUUGUAUGGCCAGGUGGUAAGCUAGUAGCUCACGGACAAUCCGACGGUGCCCGCACUAUAUUCCGCAUCGUCACAGCGUUAGCACCCCCUUUUGUUAUGGAAGGUGAGCUCGAUGAGGACGGCCAAUGCCUCCGGGGCCUUCUAUGUCACCGGCCACAAACGUCCGACCGAGAUAACCUAACCCUUGCGUUCAAUGAAUUGGAAAGGGAAAGCGAUCAAGAUGAUUUUUUCUUUCCCACGUCAAAGCCCGUACUCACCAAAAUGGAAACGCAUUGUUGUUACGGACUUGCAAUGGAUCUUUUAGAGAAUAUAGCUCAAGAACUAGAAUUCGAUUUUCAUUUAUAUAUUGUAGAAGAUGGAUUAUAUGGAUCCAGAAAACUUAUCAAACCGUUCCACCGAAUAUUUGAAUAUAAAACGGUAGCGAGCGAAUACGCCCCAAUAAAUUAUCAAAGUUACCGUUCACAAUACCGUAACGGUUACAAAUCACUAGAAGAAGAUACGGAAGAAACGCCAUAUCUGUUUGAUAUUGAGCCAGAUGAAAGUGUUGAAAAAUGGAAUGGCAUUAUUGGAGAUUUGGUUUCCGGAGCCGCACAUAUGUCGUUUGCAGCUCUCAGCGUGUCAGCAGCUAGAGCAGAAGUAAUAGACUACAGCCAACCAUACUUUUUUAGCGGAGUAUCAAUACUGGCAGCUCCUAAUCAGCGACCUGAUAUACCACUGCUUGCAUUUCUCCUGCCAUUUUCACCAGAAUUGUGGAUCGCUAUAUUUACAUCUUUAAAUGUAACAGCUAUAGCUGUAGCCAUAUACGAAUGGCUUUCACCUUUUGGUUUAAACCCUUGGGGCCGACAAAGAUCAAAGAACUUUAGUAUUUCCAGUGCUCUGUGGGUUAUGUGGGGACUGUUAUGUGGACAUUUAGUAGCAUUCAAAGCCCCUAAGAGUUGGCCUAAUAAGUUUCUGAUAAACGUUUGGGGAGGUUUUUCUGUGAUAUUCGUUGCCAGUUACACUGCCAAUAUAGCCGCUCUGAUUGCUGGACUGUUUUUUCACAAUGCGGUCGAUGAUUACCAAGGUCGAAGCAACUGGCUGUCUUUGCGAGUGGGGACAGCCAGGUCGUCGGUGUCUGAGUACUACGUUCAACGAAAUAAUCCGCAGCUGGCGCAACAAAUGCGUCGUUACGCCCUUCAAGACGUUGAAGAAGGCAUUCAAAGACUCAGGAAUGGUACAUUAGACCUAUUAAUAGCUGACUCUCCGGUUUUGGACUAUUAUCGGGCCACUGAUCACGGUUGUAAACUGCAACGAAUUGGUGAUCAUCCUCUUGCUGAAGAUGCGUAUGCUAUUGGAAUGGCGAAAGGGUUCCCUUUAAAGGAUAGUAUAUCAGCUGUGAUAGCUAAAUAUUCAUCGAAUGGUUACAUGGACAUUCUAACUGAGAAGUGGUACGGCGGUUUGCCUUGUUUCAAACUCAGCCCAGACUAUGGAAUCCAACCAAAGCCACUCGGUGUGGCAGCUGUUGCGGGGGUAUUCAUUCUACUGGGAGUUGGCAUGAUCGUGGGCUGUCUUAUAUUGAUCCUCGAACAUUUGUUUUAUAAAUAUACCCUGCCCGUACUCCGACAUCAGCCCAAAGGAACAAUUUGGAGAAGCAGAAAUAUUAUGUUUUUUAGUCAGAAACUGUACAGAUUCAUAAACUGCGUGGAGUUGGUAUCACCUCAUCAUGCUGCCCGAGAACUAGUCAAUACCAUCCGCCAAGGACAUUUUACUUCACUGUUCCAGAAAAGUGUCAAAAGGAAGGAACACGAACAGCGUAGACGUCGAAAAAGUAAAGCACAACUCUAUGAAAUGAUUCAAGCGAUACGAAGGGUGCAGCAACGUGAUCACUCUUUAGGUUCCAUUAAAGAACAAGAGCCAGUAGAAACUGAAACUGAAGCAUCAGAAGAAGUAACAGAGUGUAAAUUUCUAUCUCCGUCCCCCGAUGUAUCUAAUCGUUCGCCUCGACAAAGCCGAUCACCCCGCCAAUUGCGAUCACCGAGAGGCCGAAGAAAAAGAUGUAGUUUAGCAGGACUCAACGUACGGCGGUUUAGCACUGACUCAGUCUUAAAUACAGAAUCAGUAUCUAAUAUCUAUGAACGCACAAGUCAUAACAUAGGAAGAAGACUAAGUCGAGAUGUCUUAAACAGCUCUCCACCUGACAUAAACACUCGCCUUCGAACACCUUCACCAAUGGUUCGGCGCGCAGAAGGAUCCUCCACUCGAUCUUAUCAAGAUGUUUCAAGCACAGACUGUCACACUCCACAAGCUAGCGUGGAGAUUCUAGUAUCUCAAGAUGAUUCGGACUUGCCACCCGCGCCCCCGUACCCUAGAGUACCUCCGAUGGGGGCCAGGUCAGAAUUGUCACUAUUAUCAGAAGAAGAACUGAUAAGAUUGUGGCGUAGUUCAGAGCGAGAAGUGAGAGAAGCAUUGUUGGGAGCCCUUCAGGAAAGAAGGGCUAAUUUAGAUCCUAAACAAGAUCCAGGAUGAACGAAAGGCUGUAAUCCGCAUUUGGAAAGGAAUAGGUUUGUGCAGAAUCACUUUUCAUCUCUCAUUGCCGCUCGGCGAGGGAGCGAUAAGGAGUAUCGACCAGAAUACGCCCGUAGUGGUUGAGUUAGUGCCUUUUUUACAUUGUUUGAUGCGGACACGUCUCACAGGCGUUAGUUAGUGAAUCGGUGUUCAUUUCAGUGUCUUGAUAUUAUUAUUACAUUUGGAAGGCUGCCUUACUUUACAUUUAAUUGCUUCUUCAAUAUUUCAUCUGCGUCAAACAAUUUAAAUAAUGGUACUCGGUAAGUAAGUUAAGUACGGAGAUGUUGACGUCCAGUAAAUUGAUAUAAGCUUUUAUUAGACGUAUUAUUAUGUACGACAUACAUUUGUAGAAUUGGUAUAAUGAUCGUAAAUGUUAUAUUAUGAUAUGUGAAUGAAUAUUAAAUAGCUACGACCAGAUAUUUUAAAGUGCUUUAACCUAUAGUCUAGAUCGUGAUAGAUAUUUCAUUCGAAACAUUUAUUAUUGUUCUUAGUGAAAACUUAGAGUUACAAAAUGUAAAGUAUUUCAAAUAUCAAAUCGUUUCGACGAAACGGAAUUUUAUUCGUUCAUUGGAAAUGUAAUCUCGGGGUGUUGAAUGGAAUAACAUUGCUAGAAUAUAAAAUCAAUUAGAAAAUGAAUUAACGUUCCUAAUUUUACUGUAGCAUAUUUAUUAAACAAGACAAUGAUGGAAUUCAAAGUAAAUGAGACUUUAUUAUUGUAUUCUUUAUUUUACAUGUAUUUGUAAAAGAAAGGAAAAAGAUUUUAUGAAGCAAAUAGAGCCGCGCCGGAGUAAUAAAAGCAAAUUAAUUAUGUAAGGGGACGACAAGGAACCGGUAAUAUUUGAUAGAUGUAUAGUAGUAUGCUCUGAAAGUAACUACCUAUAACAUCAUACAAAUAAAAUUGCGACUUCUGAUUGGAAUUUCUUCAUUCAU